UCCACGGAUCCAGCAUCACACCCAUCCAGACUCCAGAGCAAUCAUCUCACGGAACGUUGUUCGUAUAUUUUACUAUUUAUAAUUCCACGUCUCAAACCACUUCACUCAGCGAUCAUUAUGGCUUUCAGGUUCGCAGUAUUCACGUCCGUCCUAGCAGCAGUGGCCUACGGUUCUCCCGUGUACACGCCCUACGCGGCGUCCCCCUACGAGGUCGCCCAGUACUCGCCCGCCCUGUACGCGCCGGUACCGUAUUACGCGGCGGCGGCCAAGUCGUACGACGCAGACUACGACCCGAACCCGUCGUACUCGUACGCGUACGACGUGCACGAUCAGUUGACGGGCGACUCGAAGAGCCAGCACGAGAGCAGACAGGGCGACGUGGUGCACGGAUCGUACAGUCUGGUGGACCCGGACGGUACCAGACGGACUGUCGACUACACGGCGGACCCGCACAACGGUUUUAACGCGGUCGUCACCAAGGAACCGCUGGUCAAGGGUUACGCGGCCGCACCCGCCCGCGCUGCAUAUCCGGUCAAGACGUACGCGCCCGCGCCCGCCGUCUACCCCGCAACCGUCAACGCUUAUGCGCCGAUCUAUCCGGCCGUCAAGGCGUACGCGCCGUCACCGUACCAGACCGCAUACCCGGCUUAUCACUGAGACGGCGUUCACGUGACCGUCACCGCCGCACCACUGACCCACUGAAACAGAUUUACACUGCACCAAACUUUAUCCUAUAGGGGUGCUGCACACGCCACUGGAUAUAGUGAAAAUUAAAUUAUUAUUAUCACUGCGGCGGUGCCGCCUCUAAUUUGAACACAAACAUUUUUUGUUUUAAUCCUAUUUAUUACAACUAUAAUAAUUUAUACAUUUAUAUAAGGUUUUAAGCUUUUUUUUUAGUUUCAUAUUAUGUUCUAUAAUGCAAUGCAAUACCUACCUACACUUAGUUUUUCUUGUUGUUUCUAUAUAAUAAAUAUACAUAUACAUUUAAGACGAACUACAGUAUUAUACUGUUGUACGUUACUAUUUAUAUUUUGUUAAUAAUAUAAUAUAAUACUGUAUUUUUCGUAUAUAAA